AUGGCAACAAUGAUCCAAAGUUUCUCUUCUCUCUUUUGCUUUCUCUCUCUUUUAUCUCUUCUCUUCUCUACAAGCCAAACCAUGUCCCAAGCUGACCUCAUCCACAUGAGCACCUUCUGCAACCAAUUCUCUGACAAUUUCACACAAGCCAGCGCAUACGAGGCCAACCGCGAUAUCGUACUCACCUCUCUUCGUCUCCGUUCCUCUCUCGGGUCCUAUUCCAAUGCCACGACAGGUAUUACUCCCGACAUAGUCCGUGGUAUGUUCCUCUGUAGAGGAGACAUCUCGUUGUCAUCUUGUUCAGACUGUGUUCAAACCGCAACCCUAGAAAUCUCAAGAAACUGCACCCAUCAAAAAGAAGCUUUCAUAUUUUAUGAAGAGUGUAUGGUACGUUACUCAGAUUCCUCCUUCUUCUCCCUCGUAGACGAGAGACCUUACAUCAUUAGGUACUCAUUGAGUUAUGCUCCUAACUUGGACCGGUUCCCACAAACACUCUCCGAUAAAAUGGAUGAGCUUAUCAUCAAUGCAACUUCUUCCCCAUCAUUAUCAUCAACACCGUAUUUCGUGGAGAGUGAAGAACGUGUGAAACAAUUCGAGGGUUCGUUUGAUUUGGAUUCACUUGCUCAGUGCAGUCCUGAUCUUGAUCCAAGAAACUGCACAACAUGUCUGAAACUUGCGGUCAAAGAAAUGUUGGAAUGUUGCAACCAGUCUCGUUGGGCACAGAUCUUUACCCCUAAAUGUCUCUUGAGGUACGAAGCAACCGCUUUGUCGUCACCACCUCCACCAUCUCCAUCACCUCCACCACCUUCUCCUUUAUUUUCUCCUCCAUCGCUACUGCCUACUACUCCAUCCCUAGUACCCUCUCCGCCCUUUUUCAUGCGGCCGAGUUUUGGCGGGUCAUUUUCUAUUAACGCUAUAAAUGGAAACGAAAUAUUUGGGAGGAUUUUUAUUGCGGUCAUGACAGCUUAUGUUUUAACACUUUUUGGUGUAGGAAUGUAAAGAUGAUGACCUUAUGCUUGUUGUGUGAAGUGUGAUUUGUUUUAUUCAUUCCAUAUGUCUCAUAAGGUCCAAUUACCCUCUAAAGUUUUGUAUUCGUUUAAUUUGUGUUUCGGUAUGUUUUUUUGUUGAUUCUGAAAUUUGAUUUGAAUGAAUUUUUCAAAAAACAAAUUAAA